AAUUCUUGUGAAAAACAUUUUAACAAAACACAUGGGAGAUUCCCAGAUGGGCGGUUUAUGGUUUAUGGUUUACGGUCCUUUUAAGCAAACGCCGCCUGAUGCGCAAAAUAGCUUUAAACCGUUUGUUGUCGGUGGAGAAAAGGAGAGCUAGGGAUCAUAAACUAAAUGAGGGUGUGAAACUGGCUUCAUGUUCGGGUUUCUUCGGAAUUUCGAGGAGCUGGUUUGGGGAGCUGUCUUCACACAAAUAUGUGUCCAGCAUUGACGAAAUAUGUCAGUAGCGAAAACUUGGGUAAUUAUACAAAAGUGCAAUACAAAAUAUUUCUUACUAUCACACAUAUAAUGCUAGUCUAUAGCGAGGCAAUUGCGUGUAGUUUUAAUGACUAAAAUGAUAAAUAAUUUCGCUUUUACUGUACAUUUGGACUCCCCAAGAUGGGGAAUUUCUUUCCUUGUCAAAAUUUGUGCAAAAGUUACUAAAAAGUGAGGUUAGAGAUUUUAAGAUUUAGGGGUGUUUUUUAAUUAAUAGUGCAUUUUACCGCAAAGUUUUGAGUGAAAACAUAACAAUUACAAAUCCUGGAAGAUAAUUAAAGUGCUGUUUCUUGUUGAUAACCCCGUGUAACCCCAUGGAAUGAAGUGAGGUUAGGACAUCACAUACCUAUUAUGUCAUAAGAGGGACCGUCUAAAAACAGUCAUAUUUUUGGUAAUAAAGAGGCAAAAUGCUUAAAAUAGGCCAAACCGUACUAAACAACCUCAAAACCGGCAAAAACCUGAACGUGUCCCGAUUGCUAAAAUCAACCAUAGCAGAGGCAAAAGUGAGCGAAAUCCAGGAAGAACCAAAGCCAAAAAAAUAUGAGAGGUCGCAAAAUAACAUGGUUGCGGCUGUGUUUGCGUCCCUUCAAAACGAAGUCAAAACUCCACUGACCGAUGAUAAAAUAAGCAAAGCCAGUGACAUUAACGAACUGCUUUCAAUAUCAGAGGGUAGCGGAGUCUCGCGAAAACAUGCCCUGAAGGUCGUUUCGACCCUGGCCGAAUGGUCAUCAUCAGGAAAAACUCAGUUAUCGGAGUUUGAAAAUGAUCAUCGCUUUAUCAAACUGUGUCGAAUUUUGAGCAAGGGGGCCAAAGUCAACAGAGCUAUGGUGUCAAGGAGUGAAGAUUUGUCGACUGUGCUUAGUGUCACAGCUGAUGAUGAGGCCGCAAGGCUUAUAAAUAAUUUAACGUUGCCGCAAAUGAUCAAGGUGAUGUCAACACUCACGAUGAGAAAACGUCGAUCAGUGCUUUUGUUACGCACGCUUGCCUAUAAUAUAGCAGCCAGUGGGGAGACACUUAAUUUAAAACAGAGCGCAGACUUAUUAUACAGCAUGUGCAACUUGAACUUUAUUGAUGAUAAUUUACUUGCAAAAAUUUGCGAAGAUGUGACGAUUGAGAUUAAGAAGGAUUUUAAGAAAAGCUCAGUCGUGGGAUCAAUCGUUACCAGCAUUGGUCUACUGAAAUAUAAAAACAACGAAGUUUUGGAUUCACUGAGUGAAUGGAUUUUGCAAAACCAUUUGAUUUGCCGACCUCAGGAUGUUUUCAGCUUAUUUGUGACUUUGGCUACAGUCAACUAUUUGCCAACCAAUUCUGAGGAACUGUUCAAAGUGUUGGUGCCACAAUUAACAAUUUCAGAAGCAAGGAAACCUCUGGUGUGGUUGGACUUUGUUUGGUCACUCGUUAUUUUAAAUCAGGCCUCUCAGAGUCAUAUUUCUAGCGUCCUAGCGCCGGAUUUUGUUGAAAAAAUUGAAGUAGAUGCGAGUGUGUUUGGGAAAGUAAAACUGUUAAAUAUAAACGGUGCCGCUAAAUAUUUGAUGGAAGGUUUUACCGGUGAGACAUUGUCGCCUUUGUCAGAAAUCCACAACGUGAAUAUUGUUAGGACGAAGGAAAACGGAGAAAUGGCUGAGUGUGUUUUAGACACUUUGAAGAACUUGAUUCAGUCAGACAACUUAAAUUUUGAUGUGAACACAGGACUGGGGUUUUCCAUAGAUGUUGAGUGUUUACUUGACAAAAAAUGCAAUCCACUUCCAAUCACUAAAGAAAAUUCCAACAAAACUGAUUUCACCAAGAUUGCUUUAAUAGCAUACGAUUACCAUAAUAUGUGUAUAGGCAAAGUGGAACCUACUGGUGCUAAUGUCCUCAAUUCUCGACUACUUGAAGCUUGUGGUUAUAAGGUACUAGCUAUUCCUUACACGGAAUUUAAAAUCACGGACAAGUUGGUGCAUCGAGUCCAGUAUCUAGAAAGCAAGCUAAAAAAUAUUGUCAAGUGAAGAAUGUAAUUUAUUAUAGAUAAAUAAAGAGACUUUUUGAGUUUUA